AUGUCUCCAGCUCUGGUGUCUCCAUUUAUGCGUGCGUAGUGUGAUGGAAGCUCCAUUCCCUGCACCUGGACGAACCAUAACAGUGAAGAGCUUUCUACCAGGGUCGGGAAAUGAGGUCAUUGAGCUGUGCCGGCCAAUGGACUCCCGCCUGGAACAUGUAGACUUUGACUGCUUGUUUAGGUGUCUCAGUGUUUGCCAUCUUAUUAAAGUCUUUGCCUCUCUUCUACUUGAGAGACGGGUUAUCUUUGUAGCUGACAAUCUUAGUACACUAUCCAAAUGUGCUCAUGCAGUGGUUGCCAUGCUUUAUCCAUUCACCUGGCAGCACACCUACAUCCCUGUCCUUCCAGCUUCCAUGAUUGACAUUGUGUGUUCUCCUACUCCAUUCCUUAUUGGUAUUCUGUCAUGUUCGUUGCCUCUGCUAAGUGACCUCCCUAUUGAAGAGGUUUUAAUAGUCGAUCUCUGUGGCAACAAGUUCAUUCAGCAGUUGUCAGAUGAAGAUGACAUUUUACCUCACAAGCUCCAAGCUGCACUGGUCCAGAUCCUA